AUGGUCACGGCUGUAAAAACGUCGAAGAAACGGCCUGCAGUGUCGCAAGCUGGGCCGAAGUUAAAGAAGCUUCACACCGAGCCGCCUCAAUCAUCCAGAUCGGCAGAAAAGCUCAAGAAACGCAGCAAGCCCAUCACACGACCUGUGAAAGAGGAGGAUAGCGACUUGGACGGGUCGAACGAGGAACGUACCGACGAAGGGUCUGAUGAGGAGCCUGAAGAGCCUGACGAGGAGAGACAGGACCACACCGUGUCGACAAAAGAUCCAAACGCGGCCCGCGAAUCUCACAAAGCGCAGAGGGCUCUUUUAGAGCAGCGUCGCGCUGUCAAGCCUCAUUCCGUCCUUCUCACAGAAGCCAAGCGGAUAUGGCAACUUGCCCACCGGAAGGAUAUCCCAAAGGCAGAGCGCGAGCAGCACAUCAAAGCGUUGAUGAAUGUGAUCCGAGACAACGUGAACGAUAUCGUCUUGAAGCACGAUGCGAGCCGGAUUGUACAGACGGUGAUGAAGUAUGGCAGGGCAAAGGAGCGGAAUGAGGUCGCAGUGGAGCUUAAGGGGAAGUACAAAGAACUUGUGCAGAGUAGGUAUUCCAAGUUCCUUGUAAUGAAGGUUAUCCGCUUUUGCCCUUCACACCGUGCUUCGAUCCUCCGCGAAUUUCAGGGUCACGUCCUGCGGCUGCUUCUUCACAGAGAAGCAUCAAGCGUGCUUGCAGACGCAUUUGAACUGUACACGAACGCGUACGAGCGGUCGCUGCUACUGCGCGAUUUCUACGGGAAGGAAGCGAGCCUGCUUACGAUCACUGCGGGCAGCUCAGAGGAGCAAGAACGAUCGAAGAAGGGUCUGAGGGGUAUAUUAGAAGGUGUGGAGGGUGAGAGGAGGAAGCGACUGUUGUCAGCAUUGAAGGAGAACUUGGUGACUAUUUUCAACAACCCAGAUAAGGGGGCAGUCUCGCAUGCAAUCGUCCAUCGCGCGCUCUGGGAGUACCUCGCUGCGUUGAACACGCUCGAAGACGAGACAGAGCAGGAGAAGCUCCGGAGAGAAAUCUUUGAGAGCUGCGAGGAUGUACUCGCGGAAAUGGUGCACACUAAAGACGGGAGUCGUUCUGUGCGAGAGUUCAUCGCUCAUGGCACGGCAAAGGAUCGGAAACAAAUUGUUAAGGUUCUUAAGCCACACGUAAUUCGGAUGUGCACGGACGACGAAGCACAACUCGUGCUCUUCACAUGCCUGGACGUCAUCGAUGACACAAAACUGACUGUGAAGUCGCUCGUGAGCGAUAUAACCGCCUCGGCACAAACCCUCUACCAGGCACCGCAAGGCCGAAGAUCACUCAUAUACCUCGUCGCUCCGCGAACACGACGGCACUUUACACCUGCACAGAUCGCCCUGAUGGAAGAAACAGACGCGAUCCGAACACGAACGAGCAAGAAGGACGACGCGCUGCGCGCCGCUGAAAUUCUGCGGGCCGCGAGCGACGGGCUCUUGUCCUGGAUAGUGGAGAACGGUGUCGAGGUCUCACGAGACCCCGGUGGCAGCCUCGUCAUUUGCGAGGUUAUGCUGUACGCAGAAGGCGAUAAGACGGCCGCAUCAGAGACACUGCUAAAAGCGCUCUCAGCGCCAUAUCCUUCGACCGACCUCUCCAAUCCUCAUCCCAUCUCGCUCCCACACACCGCACGGAUGUAUAAAACCCUCCUGCAAGGCGGGCACUACUCACAGCGCUCAAAGAGCAUCGAAGCUGCACCCUUGUGGUCUGCACAAACAUUCGCCACAAAGUUCGUGCAGGUUGUCCCUCGGGAUGCCACGGUAGCCUUGGCGCUCGGCGAGGGCGCUUUUGUACUAGCUGCGCUAUGCGAACAGCUUUCUGGUGCAGAAUGCGAGGAGAGGGAGACGCUGAAGGGAUGGUUUGGGGACGAUGUCGAGCGGAAGGUUGAAGAAGUAUCUGGGAAAGGAGCUUCGGUGUUGCUAGCUGCAUUGAACGCGCUUCACUGA